AUUAUAUUCUUUACUUUCACCCACACGUCACGGCUCACAUAUUUACACCUUUUCUCUCUCUCUCUCUCUCUCAGACAAAAGGCGAGACGGCGACCAUUGAAUGCUGUGAGUCUGUGACUCGGCCGUGACUCGGUCUCACAACACCCCCUCCCCGCUUUGGUUGACUCGGCCGCCGCCCUACCUUUCCCCCUCUCUCUCUCUCUACCCACUUUCUUCAACCAUUCUGCUAUAUUAAGAAGCACCCAUUUAUCCAGAACCAACCAUCUUUCCCAUUUUUUUUUCCCUUUCGAGAUUUACUAUUCAGCUUCAAAAUCAAGAUUCUUGUCUUAAAUCCCCACACAUUUAAAGUCAACAACUUUAGGUAUUAGCGAAGUUGGCAAGUCCAUUCUUAUCGAGAUCGAGUGUUUUGGGCAAGCAAGCAAGAAGAGAGAUGGGUGGGUUGUUUAUAGAAAACUCAGAUGAAGGCGGGAUAGCUAAAAGGCUAUGGAUGAAGUUCAAGGAUGAAUCAAUCUUUGCUAUGUAUACCCCAUUUGUGAUCGGCUUGGCAUCUGGGACUUUGGAUUCUCACACAUUUCUUCACUGUAUCUCUCAAGAUGUGUAUUUUUUGCAGGCUUAUUCUCAGGCGUACGAAUUAGCGGAGGAAUAUGCGGACGACGAUGAUGACAAGGAAGCUAUAGCCAUGUUGAGAAAGCGAGUCUUGAGGAAGCUCAGCGAUCAAGAUAAUAUUGUAAGAGAUUGGGGAUUUGAGCUUCCAAAAGAUGGCACUUGUGACAGUGCAACGCUGAAAUACACGGACUUUUUGAUGGCAACAUCAUUGGGAAAAGUUGAAGGAGAAAAAUUUUCUGGUAAAAUUGUGACUCCUUUUGAGAAGACAAAGCUUGCUGCUUAUACUCUAAGCGCCAUUGCACCUUGUAUGAGGCUAUACAGCUUUGUUACUAAGGAAAUUAAAGCCAUUAUUGACCCUGAAGAAGACAAAAGAAACGCUUAUGAGAAGUGGAUUGACAGUCUCUCCUCUGAUAAAUUUGAGGCAGUAGCUUCCACAAUUGAAGACUUGCUAGAUAAACUGAGCAUAUCUUUGACUGGUGGAGAGCUUGAAAUUGUGGAAAAGCUAUAUUUCCAAGCUUUGAAACUUGAAUUAGAAUUCAUAUCAGCUCAACCAAUUAUCCAGUCAUCCCUUGUACCUGUUUCGCAAGUGCAAGUGCCAGUGCCUGCCAAAUCUAAUCUUAAAGUGUUCUGUGAUUUUGACAUGACAUGUUCUGCCUUCGAUUCAUCCGCCCUUUUAGCCGAGAUGGCAAUCAUGACUGCAAGAAAAGCUUACUUGAAUGAAUCUGAAACCCAAGCCUCUCAGGUUAUAACACCCGAUCUUUCUGCCGCUUGGGGCAGUCUAUCAAGCAAGUACAUUGAGGAGUACGACCAAUGCAUUGACAGCAUUAUACCCGCUGAAGCAGUCGGGAAUUUUGAUUACGAGGGCCUCUAUAAAGCACUUGAAAACCUAUCUGAUAUUGAGAAACGGGCAAAUGCAAUGGUGGUUGAUUCUGGUGUAUUGAAAGGGCUGAGUGAAGACGAUAUAAGACGGGCUGGAGAGCACCUAAUAUUUCAAAGUGGUUGUAAAAAGUUCUUCCAGGAAAUCAUGAGAAAUGAAGACCUUACUUCGGGUGUUCAUGUGCUAUCAUACUGUUGGUCUGGGGAUCUCAUCAGGUCUGCCUUCUCAUCAGGGGACUCGGGUGUUCUGAGUGUGCUUUCAAAUGAGUUGAUUUAUGAAGGAUCUAUUACCACGGGUGAAAUAAUCCAGAAGAUGGAAUCCCCUAUGGACAAGCUUGAAGCCUUUAAUGGCAUACUAAACUGCCAUGGAAAUGCAAGCAAACCUCUAACGGUGUAUAUAGGAGGUUCAGUUGGGGACUUGCUUUGCCUUCUCAAGGCAGAUAUUGGCAUUGUAAUAGGUAUGAGUGCCAGAUUGAGGACGCUCGGAGAGCAGUUUGGCAUUACGUUUGUCCCACUCUUCCCCGGAUUGGUCAAGAAACAAAGAGAACUAUCCGAAAAUGGUUGCUGUCGCUGGAACGAGAUGUCUGGCAUUCUCUAUACAGUCUCUAGUUGGGCUGAGAUUCAUGCCGCCAUUUUGGGGUCAUAGACACCCCCUCCCCUUCCCUUCCCCUUCCCCAUACAAAACCGGGGAUAACUAGUUCUGCAAAACAUAAAAAAGAAUAUAGGUAGGUUAUAUUGUCUAACUCUAACAGGUGGCUUAUAUUUUUCUGUAUGCCCGUGUGAGCUCUCGUGUUUUUUUUUGUUCCUGAUCGAGGUAUGCCUACCUGUGGCGAGUUCUUCCAAGGAUACGCAUUACGUAACCAGUGAACUCCCUACCAUUCUUCCUGCCCCAAGUCUUGCACAGUCCUCUGAUACAAAGAAAAAGCUUCUAAAAAGGUUAUCAGCAUGUAGCAGGCUUGAGAGCAAGGAAGAGUUUAUGUUAUGGGAUUGCUUCUUUUUCUUCUUUUAUUUCCAAUUUGUAUCUUUAUAUAUUUUGAAUAUGAGGUGGUUUUAUUUUAUCUCAUUUCAUGCUAAAACAUGAGGGAAAUGCAGUAGAGAUCUUUUAGUGGUUGUCUGCUUGUAAACAAAGAGGACAUAAUUGCCCUCUCUGAAUCUUCAUCAUUUAUAAAGAUAUUAUUUUAUUUUAUUUA